AUGGCUACCUCUUCCUUUCUCUUGCUUUAUUUAUUUGAGGUUUGUUCUCUUUCCUUUAUUCAUUUUACCUCGACUUCGAUUUUCAUCAUUUUCUACUCUGUUCUUUUCUUUCCUUUGUUUCUUUUCUCGUUCAUUUAUUUUAGUUUAUCUUUUCUUCUUUGUUUUAUUUCUUUUGCUACCUUUUCAUUUUUCUUUUACUAUCUUUGUUUUUCUUUCUUCAUUUUCUAUUUUUUGUUUUCUUUUUUCUUUUGCUAUGUUAGCUUUAUCCUUUCUUUAUUUCUCUAUUUCUUUUUCUUUAUUUUAUUCAUUCUUUCUUUUCCUUUCUCAUAUUCAUUCUUUCGUCUUUUCAUCAUUAUUUGCCCGUUUCUUUUUUUUUCCUUUCUUUCUUUUUUUUUCUUUUCUGUCUUUUUUAUUUUCUUUUACUAUACAUUCUCUUCUUUUUUUUCUUUGGUUAUCUUUGCGUUUUUCCUUCUUUUACUAACUCCAACGUUUUUAUCUAACUUUCAUUUGUUUUUUUUUGUUUUAUUUGCUUUUUCAUUUUCUAAUCAUUUUUUUCUUUCUUUCUUUUGUCAUCUUCUUUUCUAUCUUUAUUCUUUUACUAUUUUUCCCGCUUCCUUUCAUUUUUCGUUUUUCUGUCAUAACAUCCGUAACCGUGUCUAUCUAUCUAUCUAUCUAUCUAGUAUCUAUCUAUCUAUCUAG